AUGCAGUACACUAGUCGUCCAGUAGUAGCUUCGAUCUCGACUUUCACCGUAGUACCAAAUGCUGAAACGAGUGCACGGUCUACACGUUGUCGAUACAAGACUGGUCGGUGUCUUAAUUUACGAGCAGUUAAAGCAAAUGGCACGUUACUAUUGCUGUGUCAACACCACCGUAACCAGCAGAAUCGAACAAAGAAGCGGAGUGAUAUGAAAUGCCGCCAAAAUCGCGCCAAGAAGCGUCAGACUCAACGAGAAAAGUUGCACAAGAAACAGUCUCUGGUUGUGCCGGAUCAUCAAGAACGCAGUAUAUUGUCUUGGUCUGCGACCACGUUACCGCUCACUUCGAUCGUUGCAUCACAUAUGGACGAACACGUUGCGUCAACUUCAUUGACCAUGACUGAUUCAGAAAAGGUUUUUGAAUCAACGAGUCCUACAGCUGUUGACUUUAAUGUCUCAUUGAUGAACUGGGUCCCGCGAAGUAUGUCCCCUGGUGCUACACCAGCGAUGCAAUUGGAAGACAGCAGUUUUGCUCUGGAAGACAUGUGGCUCCUCGAGUACUUCAUUCUUUGA